CCAAAAGUUGUGUGUGUUUGUAUUGUUGUUUAUUUUUCAAUAAUUACAUCGAACAUUGUAAUUUCUAAAAACACUUAAUUCUUCUGACAAGCACCCUACAAUAAUAUUUUUUUCACAAUUACGUUGUUAUUGUUAUUUAACAUUUCGUAAUUAGCUUUGUCUAAAUGUGCCAGUAAAGUUUUCAAGAACUUAUGAGGGCUGAAGAUGUGAUAAUUAAAUGAAUUUGGCUUUCUGCCAUUCUCUGGUUUUAUGUUUAAGAGCAAAAUGAUUUGGUUAUCAUUUAUUGUGUGGUUUGUAGUAGUAGGAAAGUCGAUAGAAUUUUGUCCAUCAUUAUGUUCAUGCAAAGGUACCAAAUUGGGUGAUGGUGAACCUUAACCUGAAGAGCCCUGAAAGCUAAGAUGUGGACGGAGUCCCACACAAAUAACUGAACCGAAAGAAAUAGAUCUUAGUAAACUAUUGGCAAAUUGUUAUUGUUAACUAUUGUAAGCUUGUAGUUAAAUUUUAAAAUUAUUUAAUUUGUAAAUAAAACAUGUUAUAGUAAAGGUAUUCCCAGUUAUAAAGUCAUGAUGAAACUAUUUUUUACAACUUCUUUUUUUAAGUAAGAAUCAAGUUAAUUUGAUAGAAUCUGAAACAUUUUAGAACAUGACAUCAAUACAACUGGAUUUAUCACACAAUCUAAUAAGCAAUGUCUAUAAAGAAAUGUUUAAGGGUCUUAUUAAUUUGGGAAGAUUGUGUUUAUGAAAUUAUUUCUCUACCAAUGAAAAUGACUUGGUUUAUGUUUGUAAUAUGAUAUAUCAAUUUAUUUUUCCUUUAUAUUUUAAGAAAAGUUAUGAAAUAGAUUGCUAUUUUUUACCAAUUAAAUGUUGGGUUAACAAACACAAAAGUAGACUAAUCUAAACUAAAAAGUAGGCAUUGUAAAGAAUAAUACAAAAUAAUUUUAUUCCAGUGACAUAAUAGAAAAUCCAUUGACCUAUGAUUGUAACCUUUAUGGUUUGGUGACUGUUUAAGGAAUACAAGUGCCAGGCCAGCGGGUGGCCAUAAAUGUGCAUUUUCAGAAAAUAUGGCUGACAAGUCAGUAAAAAAACUGAAAAUCUUUCUCGAUCUUUCUGCCAGCUCGACCAGCAAACAAUCAUGUAAUGCACCAUUUGCAUGUUAUUUAAUAAUAUCUAAAGAUUAACACAAGAGAUAUAGAGAGAAUAUCUUCAAAUACAGACAUGACACACAGUUAACAGUGUAAAUAAAUUACACUAAAGUAUUUUGUUUUAAUUAUUUGUAUUAAUUUAAAAGGUUCAGCAUUAAUGGAAGUGAUAGAAGCGGCUAUGAAUAUAUCAACUUCAGUGAUGUCCCAAGAGGAAGUUACACAUGGUGCCUGCACUGACAUUGUGAGAGCUGCUGAAGAAAUAUCCACACAUACAGACAAUGUUCAAGGACACAAGAAAAAGCUGGCGGUGGAGCAUUUUCGCUUUCGUGAAGGUUUAAGUAGAGUGACGUGUGUGUGGUACAGCAGGAUGACGGACAGGAGGCUUCACUGCUCCACAACUAACAGGACUGUGGCGCCAUUACUCACCGUCACAUAUACACCUAUACACGCUAGUGUGCAGAUCCCUGCUGUACAGCACGACAGACGCGGGUGUACUUUUGCAAACUCAACCACAAGAACUAGUUGUUUCUUUCUACGAGAAUGAUUUCAUUCCCGCCUAGGGAAUGCAAUCCCGAUCCCGCGGAAUAGUUAUCGCGGGAGCCAGAUAGCUUAUCACUACCUUCGUCGUCAUCAGCGUCUACUAUAGUAAUUGUCGAUGUUGAGACUCAAUUUACAUCAGAAGGUCGUGAAAAUUACUAAACACCACAGAAGAAAAAGAAAAUCAGUGAUUAUUUUCCAUCGAAUGCUAACAUAAAUAAAGAGUUAAUGAUUACCAGAAUCAUAGCCGAAGAUGGUUUGCCAUUCAGAGUAUAUUGUACUUCCGAAGACAUAGUCUUUUUGUUGCGAAAGGUAACAAUUUCAAAUUGCCUUCUUCACGAAAUACAAUCAAACAAAUUGUAAUGAAUUAUGGAACGAUGCUCAAAAUGAAAGUGAAGGAAGUUCUUUUGAAGUUGAAGAAUGAAGACUAUAGGUUUAGAGUCAUGUUAGAUGAAUGGACAUCUGGAAUGAAUUGGCGCUUUUUUAAUGUUAAUGAACACACAAUUAUUAACAGUCAGCCUACUUAAUACAAUAUUGAACUAGCGCGCAUUUUUUGAAGUAUCUCAUCGGAGUAUUGUGUUCAGCUGAUAACGACAUAGUCGGUAUAACGACCGAUGGAGCCAGCGUCAUGAAGAAAGUUGGUCGCUUAAUUGAACCAUUACAACAGCUUUGCUACGCCCACGGUGUACAAUUAGGUAUAACGGACGUCAUUUAUAAAAAGAAUGUAGAAUCUAAUGAAGAGGAAGAAUUUGAAGACCCUGAACUAAACACAAAUCGCAGCGCGGAGGAGGCAGAAGUCUUGUACGACAAUCCGGAUAAUUAUGAUGAUAGUAGAUCUGAUUAUAUCGAAACUAAGAAAAUGCGUUAAACUUUUUAGGAAUUCUCCUACCAAGAAUGAUAUGCUUCAGAAUUAUAUUCAGCAAGAGUUUAGCAAAACAAUUCAGCUGGUUAUUGACUGCAAGACACGUUGGUCGAGCCUUGGCAACAUGAUAAGUUCAUACAAUACAAUAAAGCAGUGUGUAGCAAUAACCCUAGUUGACCUCUCACUUAGUUCCAAUUCAGACUAUUUUUUCACGUAUGAAGAUUCACGUUGAGAUCGUGAUCAAGAUAAUGUCUUUAUAGAUUUGGAAAAUACACUUCAGCCAGUGAAAUUGGCUAUUGAGGUACUAUGCCGUCGAGAUACUGAUUUAGUUACUGCAGAACAUACGUUGCGGUUCAUUAUUCGAAAGCUAGAAGACCUAUAAAACUCAUCUCUCUCUCACUCCAAUAUUUAAAACAUCCCAAUUGCCACGCAAAUAUCUCAUAAGGAAAGAAAUUAAAAUAUAAUCACACGAUUAUAUCGUAAGGAACCAAACCAAGAAGAGAUUAAUACGACAGUCAAACGAAGACUUGUCACUUUCUAUGAUUGCAGAGGAAUUGAAUUUAAGUGCUACUGCUACACAAACACUUCAAGAAGAAUUAGAAGAAACUCACCGAGUGUAUAAAACACGUCCUUUUACACGUGUUUCCACAAGGUUAGAUAAAUUAGAGUCAGUAAUAAAAAAAAGAAAUGGAUUUAUUUGAGUGUGGAGGAACAAGGGGAAGAUUUUUGCAGUUUGCAUAUAAUUGCUUAGUCACGCUGUUGCCCACAAGUGUUGAGUCGGAGAGGGCAUUCUCAGCAGCUGGAUACAUUGCAACGGACAUUAGAUGCCGACGAGACCCCGAAAAUUUCGGGGUCCCGCAGGAUUGAUAUUUCUACUCGCGCGGGAUCUCGAAUUCACGAUCUCAAGUCGGGAUUGCAUUCCUUAUUCCCGCUACUUCCAAGUAUGGACGAAUGUAGCAUCAGGGGUCACCGGUCAAAGGACUAUUAUGGACGGAGUACUAAACGUGAUGAUAUGAAUAUGGAAAUAACAUCGCCGGUGGUUGGAUUUCAAUUGGAUAAGGUGUCUAUCCGGGGCGAGCUUCUAGAGCACAUAAUAAUAACUGUACGUCUAUUGUGUGGUGGCGGCGUUGAAGCUCGUGCUGCUGUAUGGGAACACGCCACGAGGCGAUGGACUGAUAAUACUACCGGUAAUGAACACCUGGAUUGCGAUCGGGUUGCUAUAUUUCUUGUACACUUUAGGCAUCUACCAGACGGAGGACGUCAUGCUUUGCCAGAUUCUGGGCGUUUUGAUCCAUUAUCUAUCUCUAUGCUACCUUCUAUGUCGGCCAGUAACAUGUACAAAUGGGUCAUGAAAACCCACGGCCUGGUCAGGACUCCGGAAGACGAAAUACCGCCGGAUAUACCAGUGCAAAAGCCGAUUUUAGGCCUGUAUUUAGUCGGGUGGGGCAUAGCGCUGAUCGUAUGUGGAAUAUCUGGGGCAGUCAAUAUGAAAGAUUAUGCUGGAUAUUCUCAAUGUUUCUUGAGCACCGCUCCGGCGCUGAGCGCUUUAUUCAUACCGGGGGUGAUUUUACUCAUGAUUUUGUCCAUUCUAUUUCUCCUUAUACGAUGCACUAUAAGGAACACGAAUGUUCAGUUGUCGGAAGGCACUCAGGCCACAGAGAAUGUCGAUUUAGAAAUGUGGUAUCCAAAUCAGGCGAACGAGGCGGACAGUCGAAGUAUCAAAUCGGGCGUCGAUUCCGUGACAGAAGAUGUGGAACAUACACCCAUAAUAUAGUUACGAGCUCAAGUUAUUGUGUUGUGCCCAUACAUUGCAGUAUGGGGCGUGUGGCGUGUGGCGGAGUUACUGUCUAUAGGCCGUUGCCAGCAUAUUUACCUUACCAGGAGGACAUUAUCCUUUACGCUGUUUGCGCGACCAUUUUAGGAACGUUUAUUAUUUUCUUCGCUCGCAGUAAAGUCAGAGCGCAGUGGUCGCUAAUGCAUUGCUACGUGCAGUCGAGUAAAUAGUGCUACAGGAAUAGAAGCGUCUUUGAUGCAAAUCAGACAAAUAUAUCUGCGAAUCCCAACAAUGCUUAGGUUACCCAAAUAUCAGACGAUAAUAGAUCCAGCAGCAGAAGCUCUUACAGAACAAACUCCAAAACAAACAAACAGUGGCACCUUCAAGGCUGGCGCAGAACUCAAUGGACAAACUUUACAAAAGGAUGCUUCUAAAAAUUAUAACGGAAAAUCCCCGAAUAUAAAUCUUGUUGUCUUACACAGACAGCAGAACAGAUCUAACCAUUCAAUGAUGACGUAUCCAGAUAGUAGCAACUUCAUCCCUGAGAUGUGUUGUAACCCGAAUCAGAAAAAUGUCACAAAGUUCUUCAAGAAACAAAGUACGUGGCCCGACUACUCAGUUUAAAAUGCGGUCGUAUUAACAUUGUGUAUGGAAAAGUCGGCGUUCUGUGAGCGUAUUAGGAACUAAAACACGGAAGCUUCUAGCGUUUGUAAAGUAAACUAUGUACAACAACGCUGUGUUGCCACACCACCUUACAUCGUAUGAAUAAAUGACUAUACUUAUGGGAAAGAUUUUGAAAUGCGAGUAGACGAAUACGAUCGCUUUUAUAGUAUAAUUCGAAACGUUUGUAGAAAACCUAGUUAGGCUGAAUUAAGCCUUUUUCAAACAGCGUUGACGGAUUUAACUGCAGCUUUUUGUGGGCAUAUUGCAUA